CCGUUAUGGACAGCGAUGAUUCGAGACCGGGUUCGUCCGCUUCGAACAGCUCCGAUUCCGAGGCGGAACAGGCAGCGAGUCCGGCCGGUAAGGCCGAGGAGGACGACCAAUCGGAUGGAUCCGGGUCUGGUUCACGUUCGCCUUCACCUGCGUCGAAUGCAGGCGACGGAAACGGUGAUGGAGGAGUGGUCGCACCUGAAAGAAGCCCCCGACAGUCACGAUCGCGAUCACACUCCCAGUCACGCUCCAACAGUCCGUGCAGCUUGACGUACGAUACCGGAAAGCAGGAUUCACUGUCAAGCCCUCCGAAAACGUUCGAUGCGGUCAAUUCGCCCUCGUACCUGAGUGCGGACAAUUCUCGCAGCUCACACCCGAAGUCACCCGCUUCUUCACCGAUGCACAACCGGGCCAGCCGUAGUCCGAGCAUCGGUUCGCGUGGUGAUCGAUCACGCUCGCUGUCGAAGGAAUCGAACCAUUCGGAUAAUAGUUCGAGCAAGGCUGGUAGUAAUCAUCGCCGCGGAAGUCUUAGCAGUUCGAAUCGUCAGCACCGAUCAUUGUCCCGCAAUUCGACCACUUCUAAUCUGAGUGAAAAGUUAAAGGGUGAAGAAAUUUCUGACUGCGAAAUGGAAUCCGAUCGGGAAGAUAAACCACCCGCCUCACCGGAAGCGUCCGAACGGGUGGAUGGUAUGGGAGGUCCGGUGGCGAAAAAUAACGCUCUCAACAUGAGUCACGAAGAUUUGAGUGACGUCAGUCUGGAGAGCGACAACGAGCCGGAACCGGAAGAGGAGGACGAUCGGGAUAGUGAGGUGGAGAGUGUGAAGCGACACGGUCGGGAAGAUGCACUUGAUGAUGAUGAGGAAGAUGAGGAGGAGGAUGAUGAGCGCAGCCGGGAACCGGUAUCGGCAUCGAACGUAUCAUCCACGCUGGAGCGAGAAGACAGCGAAACGGGCGAACAAUUGGAACGUCCGAAAAUUACCGAUCUUCGGCAGAAGUUGGAAGAAAGAAAGAGCCAUCUGCGUAAUAUGGAGACGGACAAGCACACGGUUAAUGGUGGUGGUGGAACGAACGCAAACGGAAGUGGUGGUGGACUGCGCAACCAUGAUAAGCUGCUUGAGGGUAAUCUGAUGGACAGCAAGAAUGAUGAGGAUGCGCUUGAUUUCGAAGCAGAAGAGGGUGAAUGUAACGAGGUGCCGAAGGAGACUGAAAAACCGGACGAUGAGCAGGAGAAAGCUAAAAAGGAUGACACAAAAUCCGCAAAGGAAGCUGCCGAUGGGGAGGAUGGUGAUGAGCUGGAGGAAGGGGAAGAGCUAGAGGAGGGUGAAGUAACUGAUGAGGAUGAAAAGCGACCGGAAGAAUCGGAACCGAAACCGAUCUGUCGCUUCUACACUCGCGGCCAAUGUACGUGGGGCAUGAGCUGCCGGUUCCUACAUCCGGGUGUAACCGACAAAGGGAACUACACGAUGUUUGACAUGGUUCGACCGGUUUCAGUUACACAUCAGCCACCGGGAUACGCUCCCCAUCCGGCACCGCUCUACGCAUCCGACUAUCGACACGAACGUGCUGCAUUGCACCAUCUAGCGGCUGCUCAUCAUCCAGUCGCUGUAGUUGCUCCAUAUCCACCCACCGUAGGCUUAGCGCCACCUGCACGGCCCGUCGUCGAACCGGUCGCCACGGAAAGUGCUUGGGAGCGUGGUUUACGCACCGCUAAGGAAAUGAUGCGCAAGGCGAACAAACGCAAAGAACAGGACAUAGAUUUUGAUGAUAAAAAGAUGAACCUUUCUCUGUCACAGGAGGAACUCGAGAAGGAUAAUUACUACACGCGUGAUCGAGCAUCGCCUCCGGUAAGCUAUUGGGAAGCUGUAGUAAAUCUACCAGAAUAUAUUUUAAUAAUUAUUGUUUGCCCUUCUAGUUAUCACCCCAAUACGCGACGACCCACGGCAGCAGUCCCACCCGCUUACGACUAUCCCGUGCCGGCCUCCAAAUUCCCACGCGGUGGUCCACCUCCAUUCGAGGAGGAUGCGUUCGGGCGUACCCAUCGCUACCGGGAGCUACCACCACACCGUAUGCCUCAGUACGAGGAUGAAGAUCUGUCCAAGCGACGCCAUCCGCGAGCGACGCGUGAAGUGAUCCUGCAGCGGGCGGACGAUUGGAAUGAUCCUUGGAUGCGUUCGAAAUCACCCGGACGGGAUAAGCGUGGUCCGAGGCGGGGUGGCGAACGGCGCAGCUAUAGUCACAGCUCCUCGUACAGCAGCUCGAGCAGUAGCUCCCGGUCUGGAUCGAGUUCGGAUUCGAGUCGAUCGCCCAGUCCGGCCACGACCAGACGCAACCGGUACGAUAGUCAUCGGUCGAAGGAGAGUGAUCGUCAUGCUGGUACAACGCACGUGCGUAAAGUGAUCCGUACACGUUCACCAAGCGUUAGUCCACGACGAGCUCGCAAAGGAUCUCCCGUAACAAGUAAGCGACUGGACAAACGUAUUGCAUCGCCGGUAGUGGAGAAGCGAAUGGUCGAGAAAGUUGUUGUAACGAAACGAAAGCUGUCUCCCCCGAUGCACAAAUCUGUCGCCACCAAACACCGACGAGCCUCGAGCUCAUCCGGAUCCGGCUCAUCCGAUUCUAGCGAUUCCGGUUCGGAAAGUUCGUACUCAUCCAGCUCGUCCAGUUCGUCCCGCGGCAAGGGUAGAAGCGCAAAGGUUCGUGUAGUCGAAAAGUCCAGCAAAUCAUCCAGCAUGGGAAAGAAAGAUUCGAAAAAGAUCAGCGAAGGCAAAGGCGGUAGCGGUGCACAGGUUAUUCCACCUUCGAGUGCAGCCAUGGAGAAGGCAAAUGCAGCCGCGUCGAAGAAAUCAUCCCGUCGGGAAGAGCUGCUCAAGCAACUGCGUGCCGUCGAGGAAGCGAUCGCCCGAAAGCGUACCAAGAUAUCUUAA